GUUGUAUAAGUGAAUGAGUUAGCAUAUUGGUCUGGGACUUAACGUUUACUGAAUGACUUCGACGCCGCCUACGGCGGGGGUUCCUCCACCUCCGCCUCCGGCAAAUGUUUGGGGGAAGAAAUCUUUUGCAGACGUAGUUGCAAAUCGUGAUAGCAUUGCAAAUCCUGAAGUUCCUUUGUCCAGGAAAGAGGCAACAACAUUUAAGGGUAUGCCGCAAAUCUCUUUUCCGGACGUUUCAAUUCAGUUUUUGGCUUCUAAGCAUAAAUUGGCUCUCAUUGGAUACUUCUUUAAGCAUCGUCCUGAGAUGAAAUCUCUAAGGAAAGCUUUUGACCUAAUUGGUUUUAAAGGAUCAGUACAUCUAGGGCUUUUGGAAAAGAAACAUGUUUUGAUUCGGUUUGAAAUCGAGGAAGAUUACAUACGCUGUUGGAACCGUCAAUUUUGGGACAUUUUUGGUAGCACGAUGAGGGUUACCAAAUGGACUCCAGAUUUUAAGCCUAACGUGGAAUCCCCUGUGGUUCCCGUCUGGUUAGCACUUGAGGGUUUGCCGAUUCAUCUUCAAGAUCGAAGAGCAUUGUUUGAUAUUGUGGGGUUAAUUGGUAGACCGUUAAAACUUGAUGCUGCUACAACAUCUUUGGCCAGACCAUCGGUAGCUAGAGUGUUUGCAGAGGUUGAUGUUUCUAAAACUUUGCCUAACAAAGUGUGGAUUAACUGUGGUUCCUCCGGUUUUGCUCAAAGUAUUGUCUACGAAAACAGACCUCUAUACUGUAACCACUGUCUACACUUAGGUCACUCUGACUCAGUAUGCAUUAAGAAAAAAGAAAGGCAACUAACUAUUACUAAUGGGGAAGCAGCUUUGGGGGAUAAAACUGAUACAAAACUGUCUAAAGGAGAUCCAAAGUUGACUAAAAAGGAUGCCAAAUUUUCUUGGGUUGCUAAAGUUACUGGCUCUCAGAGAGAAGAGGGUCAAACUGUAGACAAAGGCAAAGCAAAAGUAUCAGAAACGGUGUGCCUUCCUUCCUCCUCUAGAUCUGCCCAUUUAGAUGAAGUUCAUACAGUCAGUGAUGACACAGACACGGAGGAGGUUUAUCAUGAGCCUUGGAUCCCUGUAACAGAUAAUAAUGCAGGAAUCAGUAUAGUCCAGAAUUUGCAGAUUCAAGAAGUUCAAAUGAAUGACAAUCACGCAUCACCAAACAAUUCAAAACAACCUACUUUGCAACAAACUCUACUGGCUGAGCUUCCAGGUCUUAAAAAUUCAAAUUUAACAGAUAUCAGUAAGGCUCAGGAUGACUUACAUAUUCAGUGUAUGGUUCAACACCAAGACUUCGAUCCAGAGAAAGCUUCCAAAGAGUAUGCAUCUGAUUCAGACAUUCCCGAGUCAACUAUUGCUAAGCAACAUGGGUUAGAGAUACUGCCAGAUAUUAGUAAGAAGGUUGAUAAACUUAAGGCUAGACGCCAGAUGAAUGAUUCUGAACUUUUGGAGGCUCUUAUGGUGAAUAAGGAGACCUCAUCAAUCAAUGAACUUGAAGCGGAGAAUAAAGGAUUUAUUACUGUUGGGAAAAAGAGGGGAAGGAAGCCAAAAGGUUUUCCCAGAGAGCAGGUGAUUAGUGCAAUUCAGACCAGGAAUGCAGCAAAAAAGCUGCCUCAAGCUUCUCCUUCUCUUUUUUAAUGAAUUGUCUGAUUUGGAAUACUAGGGGCCUAGCUAAAUCUAGUUCUAGGCUCCAAAGUCUCAUCUCUAAGUGGAAGAUUCAUUUACUUAUUACCAUUGAGCCGUUGGUUGAUUGUAAAAAGGCUCACUCUUUUAAACUUGAUUUAGGCUUUAAUGAGGUUAUUUAUUCCCAGACAACUAAGAUUUGGGUUUUUUGGGAUUCUAAUUUCAUUAAUGUUUCUGAAGUCAAUUGGAACCCUCAAUUUGUUCAUUUUAAAGUAUCUUGUGGUGAGACCAAAGGGUGGGUUACUGGAGUUUAUGGAAAACAUACUGUUGUGGAAAGAAGAGAUCUUUGGUCAGCAUUAGUUCAGUUUUCUACUCAUAUCAAAGACCCCUGGAUGCUUGGCGGGGAUUUUAAUGCUUUUGUUGAUCAUGAUGAACAUCAGGGUGACUCUAUACCAGACUUAAACAGUAUGCUAGAUUUCAAAAAUUGUAUUGCCGAUUGUGGUCUUAUUGAUUUGCCUUUUUCUGGGAAUAAAUUUACUUGGACAGGGGUCAGGUCUAAUGGUAGAAUUUGGAGAAGACUUGACAGAGUAUUGUUUAAUGAGGCUAUGCUUGAUGCUUUUGAUGACAUAAAGGUGAAUCACCUGCAUAAAGCACCUUCAGACCAUUCACCUCUAUUGAUUCAACUUAACAAUAUUGUUCAGCAAGGGCCUAAAUCUUUCAAAUUUCAAAACAUGUGGCUUGCGCAUCACUCUUUUCUAGAAACUGUUGCCAAGAAUUGGAAUGGUGGAUCCACAGGAGGUAUGAGGGGACUGGUUACUAAACUUCAAACCCUAAAGAAAGCUCUUAGGACUUGGAAUAAAGAGGUCUUUGGGAAUAUUUUUGAUGAUAUUAGAAAGGCUGAGGAGGAAGUUCAGAAAGCUGAGAUGGCCUAUCAACAACAAUCAUCUGAGGCUAAUAGAGAAGACUGGAGUUACAAAAAAUCUUUACUUCUUUCUAAAUAUAACAUGGAAAGAAAAUUUUGGAAACAAAAGGCUCAUAUUGCAUGGCUAAAAGAUGGGGACUCAAAUUCUCAUUAUUUUCAUUCCUUAGUCAAGAUCAGAAGAAGGAAGCAACAUAUAUCAUCAAUUUUGGAUUCUGAUGGUAAAGAGUGCCUAACUUUACCUGAUAUCGGUAAUGCAGCUGUUCAUUUCUUCUCAAGACUUUAUGCUGUUGAGUCUGAAGUGGAUACAGAUCAUUUUCUUCAAACUAUUCCUGCAGUUAUAAAUGAAGAUGAUAACAGAUUCUUAAAUAAGCUACCAACUGAAACUGAGGUUAAGGAUGCAGUGUGGGAUCUCAACCAAAAUGGUGCUCCGGGGCCUGAUGGUUUCUCAGGUAAAUUUUUUAAGAAAUGUUGGUCUAUUGUGGGUAAAGAUGUGGUCAAUGCUGUUCAGGAAUUCUUUAUUGGUGUUCCUCCUCCCAAAGGAAUAUCUAGUUCUUUUGUGGUUCUCAUCCCAAAGAUAGAUAAUCCUAUUACUUUUUCCGAUUUUAGACCUAUUUGUUUGUCCAACUUUGUCAACAAAGUCUGUACAAAGGUUCUUGCCACCAGACUAAACAAAAUUUUGCCUAAGAUAAUAUCUGAGGAGCAGGCAGGUUUUAUGCAGAAUAGAGAUAUUGCAGAUCAAGUUUUGAUUGCCCAAGAGAUGAUUCAUGCUAUUGAUAAGAAAGUUAGAGGGUCCAAUGUGGUUGUUAAAUUGGAUAUGGCUAAAGCAUUUGAUAAACUUUCUUGGAAAUACUUGUUUGAGAUUCUUCUCAAAUUUGGCUUUGAUAACCAAUUUGUGAAUCUGAUUAGAGCUAAUCUUCAGGCUACUUAUCUUUCUAUUAUUAUCAAUGGAGUCCCACAAGGUUUCUUUCAACCUAAACGAGGAGUUAAACAGGGAGACCCACUUUCUCCUUUCCUGUUCAUUAUUGCUUCUGAGGGUUUCUCUAGAGGUCUUAAGAUUAAGGUAGCUGAAGGUAAGAUUAAACCAUAUUGGAUGGGAAACAUUGGUUAUCCAAUAACCCAUCUUGGAUUUGCUGAUGACUUACUUAUUUUUCUGAAUGGUGGUUCCAGAUCUUUAAUAAAUUUUAAUAAUUUCAUUAAAGAUUAUCAAACAGCUUCUGGGCAAACUGUUAACUUACAGAAAAGCUCCUUUAUUAUUAGCAAAAAUGCUGCUUCUAGAGCUACAUUGAUUGAGGAUUUGCUGGAUAUGAAAAGAUCUGACUUUCCUAUGAAGUAUUUAGGGGUUUACCUGCAUAAGGGCAUAAAUAGAGCUCAAUAUUGUUUAAAUAUAAUUAAACAGUUUGAUGAGAAGCUUACACCUUGGAAGCAGAAGCAUUUAUCACAAGGAGGAAGGUUAAUUUUGAUUAAGCAUGUCCUUAGCUCAAUUCCUCUACACAUUCUGGCAGUGGACACUCUUCCAAAGCAAGUUAUUACUAUUCUGGAGAAGAAAAUGGCAUCCUUUCUGUGGGGAUCUACAAAUGAUAACCAUAGAUUUCAUUGGGUCAAAUGGUCAAAGCUUUGCUACCCCACGGAAGAAGGUGGUUGGGGAAUUAGAUCUCUCAUAGAUUUGGAGAAAGCUUAUACUUUGAAGCUAUGGUGGAAAUGGAUGACACAUAAUUCUCUUUGGUCUACAUUUUUUAAGGCAAGAUACCCCAGGUCUACAAUGCAACCUAAAAUCACAGAUUCUCCUAUUUGGAGAAGGAUCUGUAGCAUAGAUGAACUGGUCAGGGAGCUUUGUCACUUUAAUGAUGAAGGUAGGCUAGUAUGGGAUCCUGGAAAAGAGGGUAUUUUCACCCUUUCUUCUGCCUAUCAUGAAGUCAGAGAGGUUUCUUCUCCUACUUUCACAUACAAACAUCUUUGGCAUAAAAGUCAGCCCAUGAAAAUUAAGAUUUUCACUUGGAAAUUGCUCCAUAAUUGUUUGCCUAUUACUGAUACCUUGUUAAGAUUUCAGACUGUCUUAAGGCCAUCUAUGUGUCCCUUGUGUAAAAAUUACUAUGAUACUCCUAAUCACCUGUUCUAUCAGUGUUCAUUUACACAGGGCAUAUGGAGGUACUUUAUGGGAAUAUUUCAGAUUCCUACUCCUAGGGCUGGUGUUUCAGUUAGGCAAAUUUUUAUUAAUUGGUGGUUAGAGGCAGGUUCGAAGACACUGGCUGAUCUCUUUAAGCACAUAAUGCCUGGAGUUAUUAGCUGGCAUGUAUGGAAGGUUUAUUCUUCCUAUAUAUGGGGUUCCAGCUCAAUACCACUCACAGAGCAAAUUAUUGAACAAAUUAAACAUUAUACACAGAUUUGGUCAUCUAACAUCCAGAAAUACAAAAACAGGAGAAUCGAAGCAUUUCUCUUUGAAGAAAGUCUGAUUCAUUCUAAUUUCCGGUUCAAAAAGUCAGGGUUGCGAAUAAUCAAGUGGCAGAGACCUAAAGGGGUAUAUAAACUUAAUGUGGAUGCUUCAUUUAUACCUGGAUUUGCUGCUGGCGGAGCUAUUCUUCGAGAUAGGAAAGGCGAGUUAAUCUGGGCGAUAAACUUCAGAAUUCAGGCGGAAAGCAGUGAGGAAGCUGAAUUGCGUGCUAUUGUAAAAGCUUCUUGCUGGGCGAUUGAGAGUGGAUUUGCUGAUUUUCAGGUGGAAAGUGAUGCAUCUUCAUCCUUGUUGAGAUUAUCUGCGAAUGAAGGUUCAGGGAAAUGGGGUUGCCUUAUUCGUUCGUUUGUGGAGAACGUUGUCCGUAAAGGGAUUAAUUUCGGACAUACCUUGCGUGAGGGUAAUUGGACGGCCCAUGCUCUAGCGGAUCGGGAUUAUGUCGCUGGCUCAUUUAAUAUUUUUAAAACGGUGGAUACACUUCCGGGCUUAGCUCGGAAAUACUAUUUGGCAGAUCUUCUUGGCUAUCCAUAUUUUAGACUUUAAUCUCUUUUUCUUUUCCUAAUGAGUCAGGCCUAGCCCCCUCAUUAGAAUUUAUGUCUUUUUUAUUCUUGAAAUUUCCUUAUUGGAGAGGUAUUGGCAUGGACCCCCUCUUCUGUAUCCUUUUUCUAUUUUUUAAUAAAAUCCGGUAAAUGUUCCCCGGCAUUUACCCCACUGAUUUAGGUGGUUUGCCUACCGGGUUAAAAAAAAAAAAAAAAAAAAAAAAAAAAAAAAAAAAAACUUUUUGUUGUUGCCAGC